CUGUGAUUGGUUCAUGACAAAGACAUAGCUGCCUCUCAACCAAUCACGGUUGAGUUUUUAUCAGGCUUGUGUAUGUUUAUGGAGGAGACCCACCACAUGGAAACGUUGAUCUUCGGGACGCUGGUGCUACAAAAAUGCUGUACGUAUUAUUUGAGCAUGCUUCAGGCUAUGGCCUGUUUAGCAUAAAGGAGUUUGAAGAAGUAGGAACAUUCCUGCCAGAAGUAGAAGCUGCAGCCACCGAGGCUGCCAAGUUUCAAAAGGUGGUUAAGUUGGUAGGUUUUAAAGCCUUUACCUCUGCUGCCUCUGCUCUAGAAAAUAUCAAUGCCAUUACUGAAGGUCUUUUAACAGAGGAUUUGAGUGCCUUUUUGGAGGCUAACUUGCCAAAACCGGGAAAGAAGAAAGAGAUACAGUUAGGAGUCAGUGAUGCUAAAUUGGGUGCAGUCAUCAAUGAACAAUUGGGGGUAUCAGUCACACAUAUUGGAGUUGUUCCAGAAGUUGUGCGUGGUAUCCGGACACACUUGAACCAUUUUGUAAAAGGCCUGACUCCAGCUUCUAUGAAACAAACGGAGCUUGGCUUGGGUCAUUCGUACUCCAGAGGAAAAGUGAAAUUCAAUGUCAACAGAGUAGACAACAUGAUUAUUCAAAGUAUUGCUCUGGUUGACCAGCUCGAUAAAGACAUAAACACAUUUGCCAUGCGUAUCAAGGAAUGGUACUCUUAUCACUUUCCAGAACUUGCCAAAAUAGUUACCGACAACUAUAAAUUCAGUUUGUGUGCAAACUAUAUCAGAGAUCGCAAAACUCUUUCUGAAGAGUCUUUAGAAAAGUUGGAGGAGCUUGUCAUGGAUUCUGAAAUGGCUCAAGCUAUAUUAGAUGCAUCUAGAAUGUCAAUGGGAAUGGACAUCUCUCCUAUUGAUUUGAUGAAUAUUGAACGGUUUGCAAAACGUGUAGUCGCACUGUCAGAAUAUCGUAAACAGUUGGCAGAGUACCUGAGGAGCAAGAUGGCAUCUGUAGCGCCUAAUUUGUCUGUACUUAUUGGAGAGGUGGUAGGUGCCCGCCUUAUCUCCCAUGCUGGGUCACUGACUAACCUAGCAAAGUAUCCCGCUUCAACUGUACAGAUUCUAGGAGCUGAAAAGGCACUGUUUCGAGCCAUCAAGACCCGAAGCAACACUCCGAAAUAUGGUCUAAUUUUUCAUUCUACGUUCAUUGGACGUGCAGCAACAGCCAACAAAGGCAGAAUUUCUCGUUAUUUGGCCAACAAGUGUUCCAUCGCUUCCCGAAUUGAUUGUUUUACAGAAAAUUUGACCUCGGUAUUUGGAGAAAAACUUCGUGACCAAGUUGAAGAACGACUUAAAUUUUAUGAGACUGGAGACUUACCACGUAAGAAUAUUGAUGUUAUGCAUGAAGCGAUGAUUGAACACAAUAAUGUACUGGAACAAGGCAAGGAAAAGAAGCGUAAAUAUGAUAGUAUUGUUGAUGGUGAAGCUGUUAGCAAUGAAGUGACUGAGGAACCACCAAAGAAAAAGAAAAAGAAGAAAAAAAAAGCAGUAGAGGAAGCAACUGUUGAUGCAGUCGUAAACGAGGAGAAUGCAACAGAGCUUGCAGAAAAUUAUGCUGUUGAGAAGAAAAAGAAAAAGAAGAAAAAGAAGGCAGAAAAUGCUGAAGUGGAAGAGCCAGAGGUGAAUGGCGGUGAAGAACUGCUGGAAGAGGUACCAGCUGAAGUUCCAAAGAAAAAGAAAAAGAAGAAUCUAGAAGUGAAUGAUGAAUUAGAAAUGUGUGGAGGUGGCAGCAGUUGAAACUACAAAGAAAAAGAAAAAGAAAACAGCAAAAGCAAGAGUUGAAUUGCCAUUGAAAGUUUGUAACUGUAUAUUUAGUGGCAUGUUUUAAAUUUCCUUGUCCAUAAUUAACAAUAUAUACUGGGUAUAUAUGAGUACGUUGUGAAUUUUGAGUCAGAGCCGUCAAAUAUUUUUUUAAUUUGUCUUUUUCAUGUUCAUUAAUUGUUGCAUUCAUUUGAAUUGACAUGGUAGCAGUUUUAUUGUUUUCACCAAAAUUAACUUUGGAGCCUGAUUUAACCCUUAAACGGUCCAAAGAGAUUGACGUUCAAAUUUGUAGUGCUACAAAAGUAGAUCUACUUUUUUUUACAUAUUUUCAAAUAUAACAAAAAAAAAUGUAGAUAAAAGUUUUUUUACAAGUUUUCAAAUGUAAAACAAAAAAGAUCUACAUUUUUUUACAUACUUUCAGCUGUUGA